CAGUCGACUCUCGUCUCUUCUUGACCCAAACAACUGAAAAACAGAGAACUACAGACAUUGAAGAAUAAAUAGAAAUCAGGAGUCAUUUGGUGAGUCUGACAGCAAUAAGACGACCUCUCAGGAUGAUAAAACAUCAGCCAACGGAUUGAGAAAUUGUUGUGUAUCUUUUGGGUUUUAUAUUUACACUGUGCUGUUGAUGAUGAGCUCUCGGAGGAAGUUUGGAGUGAAGAAAGUCAUCGCUGAAAUUAAAGAGGAAUACGCCACACCAAACGGCUAUGAGCUUGAGAAACAUCUCACACAUGGCAGUGUGGCCUAUACACACGUCAAUGAGGUCUGGCCUAACGUCUACAUAGGAAACGAAGAGACCGCAAGAGACCGAUACAAACUGAAGAAGAUGGGCAUCACACACAUCCUGAACGCUGCCGAGGGCGAGUGGAACAGUGUGGAUACAGGAGCUGAAUACUACAGAGACAUGGACGUGGAUUACUACGGUAUCACAGCAGAGGACGUGCCCACCUUCAACCUCAGUCAAUACUUCUGUUCUGCAGCAGAAUACAUUCACCAGACCCUCAGAAACCCACAGAAUAAGCUGCUUGUUCACUGUGUGAUGGGUCGUAGUCGCUCCGCCACACUUUUCCUGGCUUACCUGAUGAUCUAUGAGAACAUGACGGUCGUAGACGCCAUUGACCACGUCAAACGUCGGCGACGCAUCAUCCCAAAUUGGGGCUUUCUGAAGCAGCUGAGAGAACUAGACUCUGACCUGCUGGAAAAGAGAAGAGCAACAAACACACAAGCUCAGGAGACCGCUCUUAAAUAAACCAAAAACAUGGUUUACAGUGUCCACAAUCACCUCACAUGCUUUUUUGAUUGAAGGACUACAAAUGAAUUAAUAAACAGAUAUCAGUCCAUUCAGUAUGCAAACAGUACAAUAGCAUCAUUGUUGUUGGUCGGGUUUGGCUGGUUAGCACAGGCCACUUAGCCAGGGCGUAACCAAGGGCGUAGACUUGGUUUGAAAGUUGGUAGGGACACAUUACAAGGAAAAUGUUGGUUUUAAGAAAUGAGAAUGUUAGUCUGGUAAUACAGGCCAAACGACAUUAUUUCCUCAUAUAUGUAACAAGAUGCAUUUCCCAUUACUCUGGCACACCACAUUAAACAUUAGCCUGAUUUUUGUUUGUUUUUUGAAGAAUAAACAGGUUUAGUUAGGUGAGGAAAAUACAACAUGUGAUAAGCAGGUUGGAUUAUAUGAUGACGAUAUGCAAUAAACCUAAGAUUAAAGUCUCAAAAUCAUACUCAAUAGAUUUUUAGCUGGGGCGGAGCCAGGAGUUUUUCCAAAAUUGUGGCCAGGCAGGGGCAAGCGAUCAGUCUGUGGUGGCACAGAAAUGUUCGGGCGGCAUUUUUAUAUCGUUGGACUGUGGGUGGAUGGGGGUGUGAUACAAUGACACCCGGGACGUAGAGGUUUGGCGACCUUGGUUUUGUACCGAGAUGAUUUCAUCUCUAAAGAACUCAAUUGUGCCAAAUAAAUUACUAAAAGAGCCACUGCGAGUGGGGUGGCCAAUGGGGUGGCCAGGCUUCGGUCCAUGGUGGCCACUGCCCCCUAGCUCCGCCACUGUUUUUUUUAGAAGAUCUACAAUGAGAAAACAAGGGAAGAGGUGGGACAAUAAUGUAAACAUGAAUUGCGAAACUGAGGAACUUUAGUAGUAACACAGUAUUUGUGUAUAUGGUGUUUAAAAAACACAGUAUAAAGUUAGAGUACUUUCCAUGUGGUAAAAUUGCUCAUAUGUUGGUGGGGACAUUUCUGAUUUUCUAAAAAGCUGUUAGGGACAUCUGUUUCCAUUCCAUCCCUACCUAAAUCUACACCUCUGGACUCAACUACCAACACAGCACUUCCCAGAUAACAGUGUUUGUUUCCCAGAACUUUCCCAGAAUAGACAUUCUAACAUUCCGUUUUGAUUAGCCAGAUUCCUUUUUUUUAGUUUUUACAGAAAUAGAACGUUCUCUUUAGGAUUUUGCCCAUAUAUGGGCUGCCAUGGGAACGCGCAGAAUGAUUGGCAGGCAGAAAGUGUUUCAAAGUCUUCUGACUUGGCUAAACAAAGCAUCUGACUUCAUUUGAAGUCAAUCAACAAAAAACUUCUACGUGCUCUUCUCAAUAUGACUUCAAACUUUAUCAGAUCAACAACACACAUAUAUAUAUAUAUAUACACACACACACACACACACAGUACAAGGGCGUAGAUUUAGCUUGAUCAUUGGGGGGUUGCAUCAUGAAGCAUUUACAUGUUUCCAUUUAUUAUGGUAUAAAUAAUUGGCAGGGGGGCAGGGUUGUACUGGCUUGUUUUGAUUAUUGGGGGGAUACCUCCACCCAACCCCCCCGGUAUCUAUGCAUGUAUAUAUAUGAAUCUAAAGUAAUUAUUUAUUGUCAGUCAUUGAGUCAGUCCAUAGGAAAGACCGUUCAUUUGUAAAUUGUGAAAUGCACAUGCGCAGUGAGCAAAAUAGGAAUAAAAAGGCAUGCAUUAUGUAUGCUUUUCACAUCUGUUCAUUUUAAAGAGUUCAAAUCUCAUCACUUUGAUCUUGAAAAAAAUAUUCCAGGUUAAUGAGAUAAAGGGGAGUCAGAGACGCCAGUUUGAGAGAGAGAGAGAUGCACAUGCCAGGUGUCGGAGGAGCGGUUGAGAACCAGGCGACGGUGUGUCUGGGGACUGGCAAGCAAGUUUUUUCUCUUUCUCUCUCUCUCUCUGUGUGUCUCCCGCUCACCCUUUUCCUCUCCCCACAAAUCCCCUCAUCUCUCCCCCAGGUUCCCAGGAGGCGGGAUGGACCACCGGGUGACAGAACGGCCACAAGUGCAGCGUCUCCCCUGCUGGGGGGAUUGAGCAAAUCAGUCCGGUGGCACCUCGGCUUGAAUCGAGCUGAGGAGUGCGAUGAGGAGGAGGGUGUGGUCGGGGCGUGAGGGUGCACGGCCAGCUUGGAAUCAGCAGAUCAGUGGGAGAGUGAGAUAAAGUGGAGCCGGAGACCCCAAUUAGAGAGAGAAACACACGUGGCCAUGCAGCAUGUGUGUGUUUGUUUUGUUAAGUUUUGCAUUAAAACUUUG